AUCUUAUUAAUGAUGACCUUCAAUCUUUUAGAAUUUCACUGGCAAAUUAUGGAAAAGUUGAGGCAUUAUGCUUAGCCUGAGGGAUUUUCUUGCAGUAGAGAGUCCCUUGUUGCUAUUCUCGUAUAGUCUUAUGAAGACACUGAUAAAUGGCAUAAAAUUAAGGAUAUGGCAUGCGUCCCUCUAUUCAAUAGGCAGCAGUCCUAUAAUUUCGAGGUCACUGUGAAGCUGCACAGUUUGACCGCUGUUCCCUACGUAAACUCUGUUACUUUUGCAAAACUGCGGCUUCUAAGUAGUCGGAAUUCUGCACAGUACUCUCCAAGAACUGAAAUUCGGAACAAUAUUGUAACGUGGAAUAGCGAGCACCGAUUCCACUGCAAAUUCAAAAGUGAUGCUGAAACAACUAUUUUAGAACCAAACAUUUUGAAGGUGUCCAUUCGUAUGGAAACAAAAGGUGGCAAGUCAUUUUAUAAAGUUGGCUUUGUCAGUAUUAAUUUGGCAUGUUUUGCUGCUGUCGGUAAUGUGAUUAACCGUCGACGGUAUAUCCUAGAAGGUUAUGACGAAAAACGUAAACGCCAGGAUAAUUCCCUCUUGUCAAUUUCAUUCUGUUUGCGGCAAUUAACAGGAGACAAUUGUUUUCGGACACCAAAAGAGAAUUUAAGCAAUUGUUUAAUUGAACCGCCUGAUUAUAUUGAUCUGCCAGAAACAGAUUCAAAAGCAAGAGAUUAUUCCCUUACAAAUUGUACAUUGAUCGGUGACUCGCAUAAUAAUCAUAUAUUAAAUACCUCGAUGGCAAAUCAAGAACAACAUACAUCUAAGCCUAUCACUAAUACAAUAAAUACACUGACUAAUCCAUUAGACAUUUUACAUUCAUUAAAUUUGGAUACUGUCUCGUCCUCGUGUCCAUCAUCCACAUCGUCUCCACCACAAUUACCAAUCUCAUCAUUAUCUAUGACAUCAACAGUAACUGGCGUGACUACAACAGGAAUAGUGGGUGUAGAUUCCAUCCCAUCAACAUUAUCAUCCAUAGCCAGUGGUUCUUCAAAAUUGAAUUAUUCUACCUCAUCUCCACAUUACCAAUUAGCCUCUUGGGAUACUUCAUCUGCAUAUCCUGUUGAAUGGAAUUUCCUAUCACAACCAUCAGUUGCCCGAAAUGAUCUGAUCUCUGUUCAAAUGAACACAAAUCAAACACCAAAUCUACCUAAACUGUCAUCUCACCAGUCAGAUGUAUUUCGAUCUUCAAGUGGUGGGCGUGUUUCUACUUCAAGUUCUAAUACGCCUAUAUCAAAUUCUAUGUCAUCUACUCCUGGUUCAGCAUCAAUAGGAAGUCUACUACCUCGAUCACCUCCUGUACAAAAAACAGAUAAAACUAUACCACCAUCACAGGAUGAAACAGUUACAGCUACAAAAGCAAUAACAAUACCUAUUGAAUUAGACAAGCCACAGCAUGAUAUUAUAGGCGAUAAGCUGCCUCCUGUUUCUAGUCAAAAUGUCACCUUUAACCCUUUGACCUCAGACAGCGUAACAUGUUAUUCAUUACCACAUCCUCAUCAUUUAUCUAAACCAUAUAUGAAUGUUGGUAUCCCUUCUGAAAAUCCUAUUGAUAUAUAUUAUCCGAACAAUGAAAGUGAUGAGAUAGGUGAUAUGUAUAGUAAUUAUGGUAAAAAGUCGUAUGAUUAUUUUGCCACAGAUAGUGUUCUUUUAGUCCGAUCGUCUAGACGGCGUAAAAUUCGUCCUGAUUUACAAGUGAUGCCGUCAAUGAAUACUAAUCUAAAAAGCUCUGAUCCGCCUUUUCACUAUCAUCAUCACCCUCCUCCUCCUCCUCUUCCUCCUCCUUCUAUCCAUUCUACUGUCGCUUACUCAUCAUCACAUUACCAGGGAAAUGAAAAUGACUCUGCAUUGUCUUCAAUUUCUUCGUCUACUACUGCUGGUGUUGGUGCUGGUGCUCCUGUUGCCUCGACCGUCCUAGCAUCUACUUCUCCUGCUACUGUUGUCGUUCAUACAAUCGGCCCUUCAGGAAUGAUAUCUAAAAGUAGUAUGACAACUGAUUGCUGUUCAUCAGGUUAUCAAUCACACUCGAGACAAUCAAGUCUUGAAUCUUAAGCUAACUAUAAUUAGCUCUGAUCAACUCUUAUUAUUAUUAUUGGCAGUAUGAUUGGGUCAACUUGAUAAUCCUGAUCAGUAGUGGCAUGUGUAUAUAUAAAUCUGUUGCAUUCAGGAUUCAGUGAUUUUGCCUAUUCGCUAUUUGGAAGAUGGAUAAUGCCUCUUUGGUUUCUCAUACAUGCAUGCACAUAAACACGGAUGCUUGUUGGCAUAUAUAUGUAAUCUAUAGAUAUAUGCGACUUCGACUGAAACGCAGUAUCAGGAUAUCGUCAAAUUUGUGUCUAUGACAAGAUGUUAAAUAAAAAUUAUUAUUAUUAUUACUUAUAUAACCACUUUUUUGCUUUUAGUAUUAUUGUGAACAGAAAUUGUUUGUUUUUUUCUUAGAAUUAAUGAACUGUCUUUCUAAACUUAGUACAUUUUUUUCUUUUCUCUGUCGUCUUUGUCCUCCAUGAAAUUCUACGUGUUGUGUCAACUUGACUUGUGUCAACCUAACUCUGCUUUUUUUCGGUUUCCUCUCCGUUUUUGCACCACAAUGCGUCGUCUAUCAUAAUUAUACAUGAAAGUUUUCGUCACGUGUACAUAAAAACCCAUUCUCUUCUAUAUGCAUUGCUUCUCUUUCUUGCCACUUUUUUUUAUAACUGAACUAUAUUCUUCUUUUUUAAUAUGUAUAUGAUUUGUUACAUUUCCAACUGAUGUAUUGUACACACUGUUUCGCCUCCUUCUGUGUAUAUUUAUCAAAGAAGAGAAGAUUUUUUUUCAUUGUCAAGAUUCUGUAAACUUCUGUCUGAAAAUUUCUUUCAUUAUAUAUAUGAUACUAUUGUUUUCAUUGUGUGUUUUGUAGUAGAUUCAUUCAAGAUGUUUCCUUCAUCCUUGAUAUUGAGUGUUCGUGUUUAUCUGAUCUUCUCUGUUGUUGUUACUGCUCUUCUUCGUCUUCUUCAUUUUGGCUACUCCCGCUUCCUGUGUCUUCUUUGCUAUAAGGCUGAAAUGUAUACACAUUCUUCCUCUUUUCCUUAAGAUAAUUACUCUCAGUGCUUUGUAAAGAUGAUGAUAAUAAUAAGAAUAACAAUAACAUAAUAAGAACUUCCUGUAAGUUUUAUUUUCAGAUGCUGGUCAUCUACUUGUGUUAUUGCAUUAUGUAUGUUUGUGUGUGUGUGCAUGCAUGCUUGCAUGUAUUGUGUGUGUGUGUUUGUGUGCUGAAUCCCCUUCUGUUUCAAAGUAUUCUCUCCUUUUAUUAAUUUCUUCUUUACUCCCCUCUUUCUCUCUGCCUCUUCCUGUCUGUGUGAUGUGCCGACAGCCGCCUGUAGCUUCGUGUGCCUAUUAUUACUGUUAUAUUAUAUUAUGUUCUUCUGACAGAGGUUGUUUGGCUUUCCUCUUCUUGUCCUUUCUCUCUAUCGUUCAUAUCACACUUAUGCGCCAGUCACUUAUUAUUCUAACGAAUCUCUAAUUGUUUUGUUUACUUCUAUUCCUUCCAAUAUUCUCUCCUACAUGUUUGUUUAUACACACCUAUUUGCUACUUUUCUUUAGCGCCAUAUUUGACCCAUGAAUAUAUAUAUAUAUAUAUAUAUAUAAACUGCUGUCGUGGCCAACAAUGCCGUCAUCAUUGGUGUUUAUAAUCAUCACAGGAGAAAUGGAAUGUGUGACAAACAGGUUAAUUAAUAUCAGAAAGUAAACACACAAAAAAAUGAAGAGUACACAACGGAAAAAA